UGUGGCAUAUUGACAAGCAUGCAAGUAUACAGACAAGGGCACGGAAAACUCGUUAUCUUAUUCUUGAAUCUUGGCAAUUCGGACAGUAAUAGUUAUUAAAUAUCCGUUUUGCCCGGGCUGUUGUAAGCUCCAUCCCAUUUGCAACGGCCAGCUGGGAAUACAAUAUGUUAGUAGGCCUAUAACGAAAAAUAGUCGGGCGGAAAUGAAUUUCUUCGGAAGGUCAUAAGAAGUGGUAUCGCCCUGAUGAAGACUACACGUAGUACGAUCCGGAUGUCUCAAACGAUAGUACAGCUAAAACUGAACAUAAUGUAUACCAUACUCCGAGUAUCUUUAUCAGAGUUGGACAGCCUUAUUUGACCCUCAUUCGGACAUAAAGUUCUUCACUAAUUCGUGGCUACAUCAAAGUCGAGCGGUUCUGCCUAAUCAUAAGAAAGAGCGUCGGUGUUACAUAUAUGGAAUUUAAAAGAACUCUACAUCACUUAUUAGUGGUGAUACUUGUUGCAACUUUCUUGAUGACCAUGUUUUACCAGUCGGAGCGACAGCUACUUCGUCCAAACCAUAUACGUGUUCCGCCAACAUUUAGGUACAAGAACUAUACAGUAUCCAACUCGUCAUCGACUGGGGUGAAAAAUAAAACUACUUCGUACACGAGCAACGUGUAUUCUACAGCUCGUAUCAUCGACCGGAGGGACUCCUACCAGGUCAACGACACCCUGAAGAUCCUCAUCACCGCAAUGGACAUCAACAACGACUCGAAGAGUUACGGAGGAGAUUACUUCCGGGUUAAACUCUACACCCCAGAAACGAAGUCGUCCUGGAGCAUUGACGUCACGAAUGACCUGGGAAAUGGUUCCUAUAUAGCUGAUGUGACCUUGAGAUGGCCUGGGAAAGUGAGGGUGAUUGUGACAUUGGUGCACCCGAGUGAAGCAGUUGAGAUUCUACAGAGGACCCGUGUCGUGGAGCCAGGGAAAACAAUCUUUACAGGACGGUACUCGCGCAAUCUGAGCUCGGGUUCGGAAAUCUUUGAAGAUACAAUGUGCAUUCCCAAAAUAAUCAAUAAUAGACCGUUGUGCAACUUCACAGAUGGGCGAACAGGCUAUCCGUGGUUCUGCGUAGCACCCUCGAAGCAAAAUCUGUCAUGCGAUGACUGGAAGCGAUACGCAACAGAUAACAAACUAUCCCAAAAAUUCACCAUGAAUGCAGUAAGCAAAGAAGAGGAAAAAAUCUUCAAAGUAUAUAAGCUGCCAAUAACAAAUCCCCCACCUCCACUGGAUGUCAAAGGCGAUAUUAAUAGUUGGAGGAAUAGUGUGUUUGCCUAUCAAGAUUCCUUACCAUCUUGUAAACCAGGACAACAUCUACAGAACCCUACUCCUUCGGGCUUCUACGCCAAAGACAUCUGGUUCUCGGAUCAAUGUAAAUUCCGUCGGUUUACCAUGCCCGACGUCCUACAAUGUCUGCAGAACAGAGCAGUUCAUAUUUUUGGUGACUCCACUUCCAGGCAACUAUACAUUGAGCUUGCAAGUAGAUAUAAACCUGAAAUUGUAGCGGAGCCGCCAAAGGAUAAAAGUCAAUCUAUUGCUGGACCUCUGCAUUCUACAAGUAACAUAUUUAAUAUUUCCAUUCAUUUCAAAUUUCAUGGUCUCCCUGCCCGUCCGUCGUUUUUCCUUCGCAAAGAUACCAUCAACUAUAUUAUCAACGAAUUAGAUGUUCUCACUGUAGAUUCAAGAACAGUCAUAUUGAUUUGUGUUGGAACACAUUAUACGACUUUUCCUUUGGAGAUGUAUGAAGAAAGAAUGAGGGAUAUUAAAGCAGCAGUUCAGAGGCUUCACAGGAGAAGUCCUAAGACACUGGUGAUCUUUAAAAGCGCAAACACCCGUGAGCAUCAAACCACAUUUCAUGUGUUGCAGAACAGUGAGUGGUAUAUCAGGACGUUGGACCAAACGAUGAGGGCGCUCUUAAAGGAUUCCCCCGAGUUGGCUUUCAUCGACUCUUGGGAUAUGACCAUUGCUCAGAACUUCAAAGACAAUGUUCAUCCGGACCACAAAGUAGUCGUCAAUCUUAUGAACAACUUCCUCUCUUAUAUUUGUCCAGUCGCGUCAUAGCCAACCUAAUAUUUAGGAGUUUGCUAUGUUGCAGUCACGCCAACCAAACCAACUCCAAAUUACCUAUCGAUAGAUUUCAUUGGAAGUACCCUCAGUACUGGAAAUAACAAAGUGCCACACAGUGUGUUCACAGUGUGUUUACACAGUGGACGAUGUGAGAAUAUUUUUCACACUGAUAAAAUGCUCAAAUUCGACAUGCAGCGUGAAGACAUAACAGUGUGACUGUUCACAUAGUCGACUAUGUGAACAUGCCUAUGCGAUUCACAUUGUUAAACCACUCAAAUUUAACAGUAUGAAUUUGAUUUCGCAGUGUGAACACACUGUGACACAUAUCGUGGUACACUUUAUUUCCAGUAGGGUAAUAGCUCUCAUGGGUCUGAGGUCCGUUUUGUUGAUGUGACUACUCAGGAAAUAAACAGUGUCCCUAUAAGUGUGUUCACGACGUGGAACAUAAUGUGAGUGCAAUCAUGCUUAUAAUUUGUUCACCUUUAAGGGUGCAAUUUAGUAGAAUUAGUACUGAAUUUUAUGAACAUUAUUGGAUUUAGUUAAAAUUAUUGUUUAAACUAUGAUAAUGACAUUGGAGCUAACCUCG